UUUAUCUUUAUGUAGAUCAUUAAAAUGUUCGUAUUUCCACGGUAACUUUUCAGUAAAACAGGUAACUUCAUAAAGUAAAUUACUUUGAAAACUUGUUUAUAAUUCGAACAAAACUGGAACCGCCCAAAGCGAAAUAUUACCAAACAAAAAUAUAUACACAAUGUAGAAUUUUAUAACUUUUUGUGCAUUUUUCUUAAUUUUUCCGAUAAUUAAUAAUUUAUAAAAUUCACGUCACCUCUGGUUCUUUUUAUUUUUCUUCGAAAAAAAUAUUCUGAAUUGAGGUCUUCAACAACUCUCACAUGAUUAUUAUUAUUACUAAGCAUAUACAUAAGCAGACAAUCGGUUUUCAAUCUUUAUAUUAUGUUUGGUUGCCAAGAAGAAGCCAAAGAAACUAUAUAGAUAUUCACGAUAAGUAUUUUCCCUGUGAAAAUUUUAGGCAAAAAUUUUAAUAAUCGGUAAAUUAAUAAAAACUUAAUUUUCUCAUGAAUAAUAUACUUUUAAUAUUUUCUUUUUUGUACAACAAAAGUUUUAUUCUGGCAUAUAAUAGCAGAAAACUGCGCUUGCGCGCAUAAAUAAAGGAAGAUUUUGACAUCACUGUCGCCAAGGAUGGGGAGCUGAAGAGGGGAAAUAAGGGGAAGGAAUGACGUUUCCUAAUGCGUCCUAUAGGGGGCGAAAAUUGGAGUGGGAGUUGAAGGGGGCAAGUAGGGGCGGUGGACUAUUCCAUUUAGCGAAACAGCUUUUCAGCUUUGUUCAUGAAUUUAAAAUUACAUUUUCCCCCUUUUCACCAAAAAAACAGAAAAUAAUCAAAACAUAAGAAAAUCACUUUUUCCCUUAUUUUGGAAAAUAGUCUCUCGAAAUGAAACCGAUUAUCUGCCUUUGCAAAAAAACUUUCAACCUUUUCAGUAAUAAUAUUAUUUGUCGGAACUGAUACUAAAUUCAAGUGUAAAUUAAUAAACGAUAUUUAAACACGAUUUACAAUCAUUUUGAACAAUUUAGCUCUCACGAUACACACAAGAAAAGGCCACUUGCGUUUUAAAACGAAUAAAUUGAGAAUUUACGUCUCAAAACGAGCACCACACGAACACCAACACCAAAGUGGAUUUCGACAGGCAAUUGCCACCAAUCAACGCGCAGCUCUCUCAACCCAAGGAGCCAGUCCUGUUCAUCGAUAAAACGAGUGAGGAAGGCAGUCUGGUUAUUGGAAGAGUCCACAAAUAAUUAUAUUCCAAGCGAGCAUAUAUUUUCAUUUUCUAUAUCAUCAGAGAAGAAAAAAAAGUCCAAACAAAAAUUGAGGUAUUUCGCGCACUGAGCUCAUUUUUCACGACAAUGCAACAUUUUCACCAAGAGCUAAAUUAUUGCCGACGAAAAUCACGGAUUCAAAACGCAGUUUCCAUGACCCAGAUAAUUAAUGGGGAUGUUCGGAAGUUGGAAUAUCUCCCCUUCAGUUGUUGGAAGCGGCGCGAAGAAGUUACAGUGGGUGCGCGCGCACCUUGGCGGCUUGUCGGAGCAGGACCGUAGGAAUGCAUUUCCAAUGUAAUUUGAGAUGAAACGUGUUUGUGGGGUGGACGAGGUAGAUUCGUCAGCGACAGUGACAUUGAAAUCAUCCUCGAUUGGUGGUGGAACAAUUUUAGGAAGCGGGGGGGCUAAUUUGGAUUAUCAUUCUAGUGCUGGAAUUGGAGUAGUAUCUGGUCAAACAAUUAGACCGAUCACGACGAAAGAAAUGCCAGGAAGUAUUCAAUUCGGCACUGCUCAAGCUCAACAGCAAUAUACAGGUGCAAUUGUUAUGCCAACAGCAGCUCCUUCACCUGUCAAGGGGAAUGUGCCUACGGGAAGUCUGAGUUCAACCUGCAGUGCAAGCAGCAUAAAUACUGGAGGAGCAUUGCAUAAUACUGGGAUAGGAACAGGAGGAAAUCAUAGUAUUGGUCCACAACAAUCUGCCCAAGGCUCGCAAGCCCAGCCUCAUUCCCAGCAACCUUCUACUAUUAGACAUAAGAUGCAUCCUAGUAACGCGCCAACUUUGCCGGUAACGCCGCCGAGCAGUAAUUUAAGUGCCGGCACUGGCGGACAACAAUUUCAAAGAUUAAAAGUCGAAGAUGCACUUUCCUAUCUUGAUCAAGUCAAGUACAAGUUUAGCGAUCAACCGCAGGUUUAUAACGACUUCUUGGAUAUUAUGAAGGAGUUUAAAUCGCAAAGUAUCGAUACCCCCGGUGUGAUAAGAAGGGUGAGCCAUUUAUUUAAAGGACAUCCUGAAUUGAUUGUCGGUUUUAACACUUUCUUACCGCCGGGUUAUAAAAUUGAGGUCCAAUCAAACGCAAAGGGAUACGCGUAUCAAGUUUCCGUGUGCGUACCAGAUGAAUCGCCGGCCCAUAUGGCCACUGUUUCGAAACAUCAUUGUACCGUGAGUCUCAGUUCGUUUCCGACCUCUCAUCCCCCAAUUCAAUCGACAAAAACGCCACCUGUUCUUCAAAGUAUGCCCGGUUCUGGAAAUAUUCAUCAUCCACAGGCGAAUAAUAUUUCGAAUAAUAAUAUGACGGUGCAUGGUCCAUCGUCACCGCCAAUUCAGCCCUGUAAUAAUUCGCAUGUUGCCGCAGCUCAAGCGCAAGCCGUGAGUCAGGUAUUGAGUCAAGCACAAGACGGUGUUUCCAAUAGUGGACAAACACAACAAAGUCAACCAGUCGAGUUCAAUCGCGCCAUUAAUUAUGUCAAUAAAAUUAAGAACCGAUUUCAAAACCAACCGGAGAAGUACAAGAAAUUUCUAGAAAUUUUACACACAUAUCAGAAAGAGCAAAGGAAUCUAAAACUUUACCAGCAUAUGGGCGAUGGCAGUGGAAGUUCACUAUCAAGCACUGGGAAGCAUUUGACUGAAGCGGAAGUUUACAGUCAAGUGGCGAAACUUUUUGAAACCCAAGAUGAUCUACUUUUAGAAUUUGGCCAAUUUUUACCUGAUGCAACGAAUCAACAAAGCGCACUGAUCCCUAAUUUUCACAUCGAUGACAAAUCUAACACUGAUUGGCGCCAGUCUGCUAUGUUUCAGACUAAUAAAGUUGGUCCUGUUAAUGAUCAUUCAACAAUAACAAAGAAACCUAUAGGUCUAAAGACUUCGUACAAUAAUUCGGGUACAUUGCCAAGGGAUCACAGUGAUUCAAGUGGAAUAGGCAGUCUUGAACGUGACAAUCGUGAGCAUCGUGAACGUGAACGCGAUCGGCAAAGUUCACGUGAAAUUGGCACUGGACAAAAAAUUGGCCACAGUACGGGACAAUUAAAAAGAAGUCCAUCAUUCUCGACAUCAAUGUCAACGGGAAAUUCCCAUCAUAUACAGCAUGGACCACCACCGACUAAAAAGCACAAGGUCACUUCCGCCCGUGACACUUCGAUCGCGGAAGUUGGAAAAUACGGCAGCUUGAAUGAUUAUGCUUUUUUCGACAAGGUGAGGAAAGCAUUGAGAUCGCAGGAAGUCUAUGAGAAUUUUCUCCGUUGUUUGGUAUUGUUUAAUCAGGAGAUUGUAUCAAAGUCUGAAUUAAUUCAAUUGGUGACACCUUUUUUGGGAAGAUUCCCCGAAUUAUUACGUUGGUUUAAGGAUUUUCUUGGACAUGUACCGGAUCAAACGAGUACAACAUCGACGAAUUUAACAUCGCCAUUGGGUAUUGAGGCAUUACCAAAUAAUGUCGUGCGAAGCCAUCAGGAUAGACCGCAGGGUGAUCUUGCUAUGGAAAUUGAUUAUUCGACAUGUAAAAGGUUAGGUGCAUCGUAUUGCGCGCUUCCAAAGUCAUAUAUGCAGCCAAAAUGCACGGGAAGAACGCCACUUUGCAAAGAAGUCCUCAAUGAUACAUGGGUGUCAUUCCCAACGUGGUCGGAGGACAGUACUUUUGUCACUUCCAGAAAAACACAAUACGAGGAAUUUAUUUAUCGCUGCGAAGACGAGAGAUUUGAAUUAGACGGUGUAAUUGAGACAAAUGCGGCAACAAUACGAGUUUUAGAGGGUGUGCACAAAAAAAUGAGUCGCAUGAGCCAAGAGGAAUUACAAAAAUUCAAACUCGACGAUUGUCUCGGCGGUUGUUCACCGACAAUACAUCAACGCGCUGUAAAAAGGAUAUACGGCGAUAAGGCGGCCGAUAUUAUUGAUGGAUUAAAGAAAAAUCCAAUGAUUGCCGUACCCGUUGUUUUGCGACGCUUAAAAAAUAAAGAAGAAGAAUGGCGAGAGGCGCAAAAAGGAUUCAAUAAAAUAUGGCGCGAACAAAAUGAAAAAUACUAUCUGAAAUCAUUGGAUCAUCAAGGUAUAAACUUCAAGCCAAACGAUGUCAAAGCAUUAAGGUCAAAGAGUCUCUUUAAUGAAAUUGAAACACUUUAUGACGAGAGGCACGAGCAAGUUGACGAUAAUAAUGGCGACAAUCAAAAUAGUGGCGGUCCACAUUUAAUAUUCUCGUAUAAGGACAAAUCCGUCUUGGACGAUGCAGCGAAUCUUUUGAUACAUCACGUUAAACGGCAGACUGCAAUUCACAAGGAGGAUAAGCAGAGGAUAAAACAAUUGUUGAAGCACUUUAUUCCGGAUUUAUUUUUUCAUCAGCGGCAAGAAUUGAGUGACGAUGAGAGAGACGAUGAUGAGGAUAAGGAUGAAUCGGGUAUUAGUUGCGGUAAUAAUACAUCAACGGGCAAUGCAACAUGCUCCGUUGGUGGCCUUCAAAGCAGUAGACAUAAAUGUACAUCGUCACCGGCUCCGUCUUCCACGACAACGAUUAAAAUUGAACCUGACAUUAAAUUACCAAUUCAUAGUCUUUCAACUGAUCCCGAGGAGGAGUAUGUUCUGUUCAUGGCGAGCAAUAGUUGGUAUCUGUUUCUCAGGCUUCAUCAAACACUCUGCGAGAGAUUAACGAAAAUGUAUGAGAGAGCCGUUGCUCUCGCUGACGAGGAAUCUCAGUAUAAGCAACAACGAAAGGAGAGUACCGCUGUCGCACUGAGAUUGAAACCCAAAAGUGAGAUUCCAAUAGAAGAUUAUUAUCCGGCAUUCUUGGAUAUGGUAAAAAAUGUACUGGAUGGUAAUAUGGAGAGUACGGCGUAUGAAGACACACUUCGAGAAAUGUUUGGUAUUCAUGCCUACAUUGCAUUCACCUUGGACAAAGUAGUCAUUUAUGCUGUGAGACAAUUACAGCAUUUGGUAUCCGAUCCAAUUUGUCAACAGUGCAUGGACCUUUUUCAACGGGAGCAAAGGCAACCAAAGGAAAGUAGUGGUGCUGGUGGACUUUGUAUCACGGCAUAUCUUAGAAUUGGUGCUGAAAUGGCCUAUCAUAGGAAAGCCGAAAAGGCCAUGGCGGAGGAAAACUGCUUCAAAAUCUACAUUUACAAGAAAAAUUGUAAAAUGACGAUAGAGAUGUUGGACACUGAGGGCGAUGAUAAUACGGAUGGAAAUUCACGUGAACGUGAUCGUGAAUCGGUGGCGGCAAUGGAGAAAUGGUCAUCGUAUGUAGAGAGAUAUUCGACGCCAACGGGGGGCCAAACGAGUCCAAAGGACUCGCAUUCGUUGCCGGAUAAUGAGCCACCUACCACCAAUCAACCUGUGAGUAGCGACCAGGCGGCAAGGGGGGGGAGGGGCAGAAAGCGCAAGAACACCAACACCACUGACAUUAACAAGAAGAUCGAUGGAAAUGAAAGUUGGCAGACUAUACGCAGAAUAAUGUCAAAUCGCAAGCCAACAAUGCUUCCUCGCAAUAUUCGUCAUUAUGAAAAUUACGCCGCAAGGAUAAGUAGGUCUGCUCAGGAUCGAAAAACAAAUUCGGUGGGUGGAAAAAAAUCAUUUGAUCCAGAAGACGUUGCUGAUGGUUCUGAAAUUAUUUCUUCCCACGAGAUGGAAUGUCAAUUAGUUCCUCUUGAUUAUCGUCUAUUCUUUAUAAUGAGCGAAGGCGAAUUUUAUUAUAGGUACAAUUCAUUGUCGAGGGCCUCGGAGUCGCAUCUGUCAGUGACGAAGAGUAAAAACGCCAAAUUCCAUCAAUGGUUUGACAGUUGGGCAAAUGAGAAUGUAAGUGAAGAACAACAUCAAAUCUGUCAGGAUUGGUUAAUGGGACGAUUUGAAAACUUAAUACCUCAUAGAACGCAUUUGAUUACCGAUAAUAAUCAGACAAGAACGCCAUAUCGUCAAUAUAAUCGAUAUCGUGUUGAAUAUUUGCCGUAGAAAAUGAAAAAAGAAAAAACAAAACAGAUCUCUUCAUUUCGUCAAGAAGAAACUUUUUAUCAUCGCCCUAGUAGUUUAUAAGAUGUAAAAUAUUCCUAUAUAAAUAUCUUUCCUCCCCCGCUCCUUUUUUUAAAAACUUUUUUUCUCAAUAUUUACUAAAAAGAAAAAUAAUAAACAAAAAACAUCACAAAGAAAAAAAAAUUAGCUGUCUUGUAUUUGAAGAUCUUUCGAAUUGAAUCGGGACGUAAUUUUUCAAAAUCGAACGUUUCCUUAAAGCAGAAGAAUGAUAA